GAUUAUUGUAGGCCGAAGAAAAGAAAAGCUUUACACAAGAAAGAGUUUAAAGUACUUAGUAGAGCAGAACAGCUAAAAAAAAAAGCUGACGGAAUUUGGCACUGAAGGCGUUUUAGAUUUGACAAGAAAAGUAUUUAUACCAAAAAAGUUCGCAAGUGACAUCAAAGAUUUGAAGAAGACUUAUGGCUCAAAUCUACCGUAUCUAUUGAAAAAGGAAGAACAUUUUCUCUUAAAGAAGAUUGCCCAAUACAGGAACAAGGAGAGUCUGUAUGCUGUUGUAAAAGAUAUCGAUUCAUUUACCAAAGAUUCAGCCCUUUCAUAUAUAAGCAAGCUGUGCAGAAGUUGUAAGCAUUUAUUAAUCUUUCGUUCACUUUUUUUAGAUGAUAUUUGUAUAACGAUGGUCUUUUAGAAAAUCAUGAACAUAAUGAGGAUUGGAUUCGUAUAAUGGUAUACGAUGAUCUCUUUGAUUACAUAUUCGCGUCAAAAGAGGGAUACAUGACUAAAAGAUCCGAAUGUCACUCGAGGAUAAUAAAAUCCCUAAAGGGGUUAGGUUUGAUAAAGGAAGAUGAGCCAAAUGUGAGGCUAGACUUCAUUUUCUGCAAUACUUCCGUUACUGGCACCAAUGAUGUCUUGAUCUGUGAAGACAAGCCUACAGGAAAAGAAUCAACCAAAGAUACCAAGAAACCUACGGAAAAAAAUCAGCACUUUUCAUUAACUUCAUGUUGCUUCAACAAGUUAAAGUUAAUAAUCACUACUACAAAAAUCAUCGACAACACCAUUGUACAUACAAUUUUAAGAGAAGUUAGCAUGUCUGCUUCAGAAAAAAGUGUUAGAGCUAUUGCAGAUUUCAUAUCAGUAAUCAUAUCAUUAAUGAGAACUAUAGUGAAGAACAUUGACACUAUUGAAACCAUUCUCCAAGUCAUUCAUGAAGAUAAUUUGAAUUUCAUGACUCCAGAUGACUCAUUUAUACAUGACUCUGAUUCGGAUAGCAGCACUGCAAGUACCAUAUCGACACCUAAAAUUCAGGAGAAAAUUGGCAAACCACCGAAAGAGAAGAAAGAAUUAAGGAAAGUGUGAAUAAAGCCAUUAGUAUGUUGAAU